AUGCGCAAUGGGCUUCCAGAGGCAAUUAGCCUACCGGAUUCCCAUGCGUCUUCUUCCAAUGCCGGCGAACAUGGCCUCAAUCAAAAUUCGCCCAAAGAUUCAUUGGAAAUCAUUUUGAAAUCAGGUCCGCCAGUGAUACCAUCUGCUAUCCCAUUGCCUGGUGUUCGAAGAAAGAAGAGAAAGUCUGGGUCUGCAUAUGACCAGACCCUUGAAAAUGCCGGAAAGGUCUUGGAACAUAUCAGGGAAGGAAAUGUUCGUAAACACUCUCGUCACCAGCGAACAUCAAUUGUCUGCUACGAUUACUCGAACAGCGUCAGAUCAGAACCAAAAACAAUUCAAAAGGCUAAAGAUAUCGCAUCUCUGGCAUACACGGGACCAAAUAUACAACAGCGCCUGCUCAUUGUCGAGGAUUUGUCGAAACCGACAAUAAAUGCCCUGGGAGGAACUUUCGGCAUCAAUCCAGAAUUCUUUGAAGAACAUCUACUAAAUUCUGGAUAUGCGGGUGCAGAAUAUGACAUGUUGCCGGCUCGAAUGUGGGCCACGGCAUCACUGAAAAAGUCCUAUGUGUCAAUGCGGUGGAUCCGGCCUGUUUACCGAGUCCCCAUGUAUUCUUCAAAUCGUAGCAUGAAGGAUCUUGCUAAAAUCAGCAUAUCUGGGAAGGAGAAUCCAGUCGAAACUGUUGGUGACACGGGCAAGGUGCCCCCAAAGAUGCAGGGCCACAUUGAACACUUCACACGCCAUGGGGUUGUUACAACGCGAGUUUCCACUAACAUAUUUCGAUCGGAGUGGCGUCUGUGGACAGACCCCACAAAGGCAUCGAGUACAAAAAGGGAAUGUGGAUUGGAAGAGAGGGUAUCGGUCUGGAAAGGGCAGCUUACAGCCCGUGACUGCAAGAUUGUGAUUAUGCUAUUGGAUCCAUUGCCAAAAGUGGAAGAAGAGCAUCCAGCAACAGCUACUAAAACAUAUGACUGGGGUCUCUCCGAAGGAGAUGAGGACUUGAAUAUCUCCGAGGCAGAUACUGACUCGGCUGAAAAGGGAAUUGCUCAUAUCUUAUAUGGGACAAGGUCUCCGUUCGCCAGAGAUGGACCCCUCCCAAUGAGAUGGGUUCGAACUAUCAAAAGACGGAUGGAUAGAGGACCUGUACGUUCCAUGCAGUGGAAGAAUAAUUUGAAGCAGAACGAGCGAUUAUCGUCGAUUAAAAUCAUCAUCGAGCACAUUGCUCCUCGUCACGAAGUCACUGUUGAUCUAGACCAUGUCUUUCAAACACAAGAAUCUGCGGCUUAUUUUGGAAAGAAUCUGCAGUCCUCCACAUCGACAUCUGACGGGGUUUGUGGAGCGCUUGAGCGGCAUGCUGGAUCAGUUGGCUUGGGCGGGCCGUUAUUCCAGAUCAUUAGACAAGACACCUUCACACUUCUUCGACAACUAGGCCAUGUUCUUGAUGAAGUGGAGCUCGGGGUUCUUGACGUCACUAAAAUGGAAGAUCGCUUAUCUUCAUGGCUCCAAUUGAUAGGUCGUGCACAACGAGAGCUUCCAGAGCUCGAAGCUUCCAUAAAACCAUUCAUGGCCUGGCUUCAUCUGAAUGCAAUCGAAGACAGCCCAGCUGGCGAAUCGCAAGUUCUACAAGAUAUUUGCGAUCUUUCGGAACACAUUAAACAAAUGUGCGAUCGGCUCCAGCGGACUUCGGCCUUGUUGAACUCCAAUAUGGGCCUCCUGGGUAGCCGGCGUUCUAUCGAUGAGGUUCAAGCUGUGAACAGGUUGACUGAGCUCGCAUUUGUUUUUAUUCCCCUAUCAUUCACAACAUCAGUCUUCGGUAUGCAAGUGGAGCCCUUUGCUGAUCCCGUUCCCCUACGAUCAUUCUUUAUCCUUGCUGUGGGUAUGGUGACAUUUGCUUACUUGAUGCGAAUGACCAUGCGGAGCCAGUGGGUCGCUUACCUCAAGAUGGUUGUCAAAUAUGAUAUUCGAAGAUACGCAGAAAACCACGGACUGCCUAUUCCCACGCGAUCAGUCCCAGUACUCCUAACCGUUCGUUGGAUAGGGAGCUGGUUUGACCUCAGUGGUAUAAAACGAACUUGGACGCGGGCAAUGCGACCAAUGAGGAGACUAUGGGUGAGGAUUUGGGACGUGUCUGGUUUUUUAAUCCUCUCUGUCUUGUUGAAUGGAUCGAUUUCAGGGAUACCAAUAGCUGUUCUCUGGACACGAGAUCUGGAUCCCAGUACUCAGGGGGCCGUCACUAUCGCGAUUGUCAUUAUGGUCAUCGCCAGUGUGGGCAUUCCAUUUUGGCACUGGUGCGAUCCAGACUUUCGGAAUGCAUUUCCAAAAUUCCUGUCGGAUAGGGUCCAUCGCUGUCCAUCUUGGGUUAUGAAGCCACUCAUCUUAUUGAUCCUCCCCGUGAUCUUCAUGAUAGUCUCUCUGGCACUGAUCUGGACUCGUCCACUCACUACAGGUAUCAAGGCUGCCCUUACGGUUGGAAUUCUCAUGUUCGGGAUUAUUUUCAUUGCGCCAGUCAUUUUGAGACGAAUCUUUUACCGAUUGAGUUUCGUUUGA